GGCUCCAACCGACAUCUUGCGGAGAGGGAGCGGCUCCGCCGCCGGUGUUUGCCUCAGGACCGGGUCAUGGACUUUUCCCCUCACUUUACCGGGAUGAAGAUCAUGGAUGAUCCCAACUUUACAUCCCGUAUUUACCUGAAAUCUGGAGACUUGAAAACAUUUAUGACACCUACUGGAUUUCACCCAGCAAUUCCCACUGAAGAGCUUCCUAACAGCAAUGCUUGCCCUCUUCGAACGCCCAUCUACAGAAGGGACGUUCCUAACAGACAGGAGAUUUGGAUGAAGUGGAAGGAGAGAGGAAAAAGUUUCCGCUUUAACAAGCUUAAACCACUAAAAGAAAUACAGGCACUAUAUCCUUCAGAGCAGGUGGAACAACACCUGGACUCUGUUUCUGACACUCAACAAAGCCUGGAACCUGAGUUUCACUUUCAAGAUGAAGUGCAGCGACAUGUGGAACAGUACACCGAUGACAAAGCACUAGAGGAUGAUUAUGAUGAUGGCGCCCUGCAUCACAUCUUGAAGUUACGGAAUGCACUUGGCUGGCGUACAGAAUUACCAAGCCAUCGAUCAAAAUUAAAGAAGCCUGCAUAUCAAAACAUUAUGGGUGCCACAAUUCCGGAGGAUGACAGAGGAGACUUUCUGUACUGUCUGUUAAGAGCUCAGGAUGACCAAAAAGCUCGUUACAACCCAUAUGAUCUGCAAAUUGUUUCUGCAGCCAGAGCCAAAUCCUACAAACAGUACUGGACAAUUAGUGCUUCCUAUGUAUCCAAGGUUACGUCUGUGUAUGAAAAAGGUGGAAUAGAAAGUAUCCCUGUAAUGGAGUGGUUGGUUGAACGAUGUCAUUUCUACAGGAUCUAUCUGCUGCCUGUCUUUGUAAAUUUCAGACGUUGGAAAGCUUUUAAUGUUUGGAAAGUCAACAUUCGUAACUUAAAGACCAGCAACAGCAGGAUGAUUAUUAUGAAGCAACUGUUUUUUGCUGAUGAAAUCUUUCGACGUUGCCUAUAUUAUAUCCGCGCUUUGUGUGAAAAUGCCAGCUCUAGCAACGGAGGUCUGGGAACUGGUGAAAAUGCCAUUGUCUUUGUGAAGUUGGACAAAACAAAUACCUACUCGUGUGAGGAGUUUGCUGAAAUCCAGUCCGAACAGUGUAACUAUGCAUUGAAGCAGCUUUGUGAACUCAGAUACAAAAUCAUUCAGUCUGUCAAAGAAACCUGUCUGGAGAAAGCCAAAGUGGAGGGAUUUGGUAAUGUAUUCCCAGCAGAACAUGCUGAUUCAUCUGAGAGGUCAACAUUUACUGAAAUUAUAGAGCCGAGACCACUCCUUGCAGUGUUCUUCAAGUUCCUGAAGCUAGUGGACUACCUGUUUCAGGAGCUAAUCUGUCGCCUGGUUAAAACUGCGGUCCAACUAUUACUGGAUGCCCUGACAGAUUCAUACAUGGAGAUCUCAACAGAUGAGAAAAGAAAUGAGGAAUUACUGAGCACACUCCCAACCCACACUAGAGCUUACCUGGACAAACGCUUGCACAUCAUACAGGAUUCUUCCAAUACUGGGGAUAAAAGUCUUACCAGUCUCCAGAGCUUGAGCAAUGUUGAAAGACAGUUUGAGGUGUCCACCAAUACCAGCGCAAUGGAUGUAGACCAGGUCAUCAAAACUAUUGAAGAACAAACACAGAAAGUGGCACCGGUGUUUAUUGUAAAUCUGAUACUUGACAUUCCAUCUAAAAAUGAAAUCCCUCAUCGAAGCAGUACAAAAUCUAAAUGUCGAACCUCUAAUCGAGUGUGCAAGCUUGAUAAAAGUGAUAAGGCCUUAGAGCAGUCGUGGAUUUCUGAAGAUUCGAAAGAAUUGGAUUGUACGUUGGAUCUAACAGAAAGUGACAUUGGAAUUGAAGGUAAUAUAGAUGACAGUUAUGGAUCAAAAUACAGGAAACCUGUAAAAUCUACUUUGUCCCCCACCUCAGAAGAUUUGCUGUUUCACAUACAAAGCAUAAUUGGAACACUGGAAUAUACUGUUGGCAAGCUAGUUGCCUUCAUUGAUGAGCCUCGCUUAUCCAUGUUUAACUCAUAUUCUGCGUACGAACUGAAACUUUCUGAGAGUGAACUGGAGACAAAGAAGCCUAAGAAGAAGAAGCUGUUGCUCAACCCUGAUGUACUGUUUGGGCAAGAUCUACACUACCAGAACCAACUUGUUGAAUUGCACAACUUGAUCAAUGAGGCCAUGGUGCAUGUAAGACAGUACAGUCAAAGCUUUGAACGUUUCUGUAUCAUUGUGGAGCAAGCUAUGGAGUUGGACUUUGAGUCUUCUGUGAAGCAGCAUGACUGGACCCCACAGAAAUUCAGGAUCAUGUUGCAAGUGUACUAUGAGCACAUAAUGGACAUGAAGAAUAUGACCGUGGAGAGACGUGUGCGCAUGAUGAAGGUGCUGAGCCGACAGUUCCAGGCAGACUGUAUGCCCUAUUCAGAAGCUGUGCUCAAAACAGUGCAAAUCCAUAUGAUUAAUUAUGCUCACAAGAAGAAUCUUGGGCUGAUGGCAAUCAUUGCAGAUGCUAUCGAAAGACUCGAUAAGGAACCAGAUACUAUUGACUUAUUUGGGGAACACCUGAUAUUCUUGUCUCGCAUUGGGGCAGAUAUGCCCAUGUUGGAGAGAGAGUUUGCAGCUGUGACUCAGUUUUAUGCCAUUGCCAAAGAAUUUAAUGUCCCUGUCCCUCCUGAGGAACUGGCUUUCUACCAAAUCUUGAUCCCCAGUUUCCAGAACCUAAAAUCCAGUGUGCUGUUCUCUGAGGCCAUGAAAGACAAGAACAUUGUCAAGUUCCAAGCUAACCUGGAGGAUGACAUCAAUAACCUUUACUAUGAACUGCUACAAGUGAAAUAUAAGGUAAGAAAUCCCACACUCCUCCAGUUAGGGACAUCUCCACAAAAAGCUCUAGAAGACAUUAAUGCCUUGAUGGCUGAAAUCUCAACAAUAGCCAAUAAGACACAAAGCUACAGCAACUAUCAAGAACGUUUCUGCACCACAGGCGACACAGAGGCCUCUGUUGCCAACAGUAUUCACACCUGUGGAGGCAAGAGCACUCAGGCACUGAAUACACUGCUGUCUGAGGUUGAGUAUGAGUUAAUGUUGAGGAAACUCCUGUGGGAGUCGCAGGGUGAAUGGGAGAAGUUGUACAUGCGUUGGACUGAUACCUUGUUUAAUGAACUGAAUGUGGACACAAUUCAAAAGGAUGUCAACAGGUUCACACAGACAAUAUACAUGUUGGAAAAAGGAUUGCCAGCGAAUGAUAUAGUCCCUCUUCAGAAACAGGCUGUCUUUGACUUUAAAGAGACACUCCCAGUCAUUGUGGCAUUGCGGAACCCCUAUCUGGAAUCGCAGCAUUGGGAAGCCAUUGAAUACACCAUUGGCCGAUCAAUCAAGGACAAAAACCUCACUCUGGAAAACCUCACCAAACUGAGGAUAUUCCAGCGCAAAGAAGCAAUUGUUAACAUCUCUGCCUUAGCUAGUAAUGAAGCUACACUCAAAAACAUGCUGGAGAAGGUCAGCAGCCUAUGGAAACAAACCAGCUUCAAGUUAGUGACUCAUCAGUUGGAUACCUACACUGUAUUAAUCAUUGGGUCAACGGAAGAGAUCAUUGCUCAGCUGGAGGAUAGUUUAAUCACCAUUUCCACCAUUAAGGGUUCCCGUUACGUGGAACCAAUCAAGAAAGAAGUGAAUGAGUGGGACCGUAAACUGAACAUUAUGGCAAAUACAAUAGAAGAACUGAUGACCUGUCAGCGGAACUGGCUGUACCUCACUCCCAUUUUUCAAGCUCCUGAUAUUCAAAGGCAACUUGCCACAGAAACCAAACUGUUUAGCCACAUUGAUGCUGCAUGGAAUGAGUUAAUCAUCAGAAUUCAGAAUAACUCAAAUAUUCUGAAGACAACCACCACGUCAGGUGUCCUUGAGCUUUUACAAACCACCAAUGCCAACUUGGAAAAGAUACUGAAAUGUCUUGAGGAUUACUUGGAAGCCAAACGGAUCGCCUUCCCACGUUUUUAUUUCCUCAGCAACAGUGAACUGCUCGAUAUCCUGUCUCAAAGCAAAAAUCCUGAGGCUAUACGGCCUCAUUUAGCCAAGUGUUUUGAAAAUAUCAGAUCUCUGGAGAUUGUGAAGCAAGCUACCAGACCUCCCACAGUGGUUAUGAUCAAGUCUGCAGAAAAUGAGAACCUUCCCAUGCCAAGGAAUGUUCGAAUUCGGGGACCCGUUGAACAAUGGCUGGGAAAUGUGGAAAGUUCUAUGUUUGAGUCUGUGAAAAAGCAUCUCCGGUUUGGAAUAAGUGAUUGGAAAGUAACACAAUUCAAAGAGUGGGUGCUCUCUCAUCCAGGGCAGGUUGUCGUCACUGUGAGUCAGAUAAUGUUCAAUCGGAAAUGUAAGAAGUGUUUCAAUGGACCCAGGCCACACAACCAACUGCAGGAUGCCCGUCUGGUAAUGAUGAAUAGGCUGGAUGCAUUGGCAGAGCUCAUGUCUGCACCACUGUGGGCUUUCCAGGAAACAGUGCUUGAGACUCUGCUGACCAUCAAUGUGCAUUGUCGUGAUGUGCUGAGUGAGCUCAUUGCCAAGAAGAUCGUCAGAGAGGAUGAUUUUGAAUGGAUCAGGCAGUUGCGUUAUGAGUGGAACAUGCAGAACAACACUUGCUAUGUGGUCCAGGCCAGCAGCUCCUUCACCUAUGGCUAUGAAUAUCUUGGCUGCUCACCUCGAUUAGUAAUCACGCCACUCACUGACCGCUGUUGGCUAACUCUGACUGGAGCCCUGCACCUGAACCUUGGAGGCUCGCCUGCAGGACCAACAGGAACUGGCAAAACAGCAACUGUGAAAGACCUUGCCAAAGCUCUGGGAAAACACUGUGUUGUCUUCAACUGCUCUGAAGGUCUUGAUUACAAGAUGAUAGGGAAAUUGUUCUCUGGAAUGGCUCAGUCUGGAGCAUGGUUCUGCUUUGAUGAGUUUAAUCGGAUUGACGUGGAGGUCCUGUCAGUAACUGCCUCACAGAUCCUAACCAUUAAGGCGGCAAAAGACAGUGAAGCAAUGAGAUUUGUGUUUGAAGGCCGUGAAAUCCGACUAAAUAAGUCCUGCAGUUUCUUCGCAACUAUGAACCCUGGAUACGAAGGACGAGUUGAAAUCCCAGACAAUCUGAAAUCCUUAUUCCGGCCUGUAGCAAUGAUGGCACCUGAUUACGAGCUAAUUGCAGAAAUCAUGCUGUUCUCUGAGGGCUUUAAAUCAGCCAAGUCCCUCUCAGGAAAGAUUGUUAAUGUAUAUCAGCUGGCCAGCAAGCAGUUAUCUCAACAGGAUCACUAUGAUUUUGGAAUGAGGUCCAUAAAGUCUGUGUUAGUGAUGGCAGGACAGAAGAAGAGAGCAGCUGAGAUUCAACAUCCCGAGAUGCCCAUGAGCCACACUGAUGAAUCACAUAUUCUCAUCCACGCACUGAAGGAUGCAAAUUUCCCCAAGUUCCUGGCUGAAGAUGUCCCCUUGUUUGAAAGUAUUCUAGAUGAUCUCUUCCCAGGACUGACAUCACCCAAAGAAGAAACUCUUUCACUGCAGAAAGCAAUAGCCAUGGCAACUGUGGAACUAGGAUUGCAGCCUUGGCCAAGCCAAGUGCAGAAGAUUAUCCAGUUAUACAGCCAGAUCUUGGUCCAUCCUGGAGUGAUGCUUGUAGGUCCUACGUGUGGUGGAAAGACAACAGCCAGAAAUAUCUUACAGAAAGCCUUGAUGAUUUUACCAGGCAUUGCUACUGAUGCUGGGAGCGCCCCAUCCUCGCCUCUACAGAGCCCCAUGGCUAAGAGAGGCAAAGUAGAAACCUUCACCAUCAAUCCCAAGUGCAUCAGUCUCGGAGAGCUGUAUGGGCAUGUGGACCAGCACACAAUGGACUGGUCUGAUGGCUUGCUGGCUCAGGCAAUGCGGAAGUUUGCAAAGGACCUACACAAAGAGUAUGACCACAAUUUGGAGAUGAAGAUGCUUUCGACUGCUUUUGUGAAUGUUGACAGAAAAUGGAUUGAUUUCCAAGAUCAUAAGAGCCCAGAAACUGAAGAUGUUACAGCCUUGACCAGCUGGCGAUGGAUAAUCAUGGAUGGCCCAGUAGACACGGUGUGGGUAGAAAACCUCAACACAGUACUGGAUGACACCAGGACUCUGUGCUUGUCCAAUGGGGAACGCAUCAGCUUGCCACGAGGCAUGAGGCUACUCUUUGAGGUGGACAGCCUUUCCCAAGCUAGCCCUGCUACAAUCAGCAGGUGUGCUAUGGUUUAUAUGGACCCAGUUGAUCUUGGUUGGCGACCUUAUGUUAGUACCUGGAUAGAAAAACUCCCAGAGGAGUUACCUGGCAAAGCGAAGGAAUACCUCCAGACACUCUUUGACAAAAGCAUUUCAGCAGGCCUGCAAUUUGUAAGAAGCCAUCGAGGGUUGCAGCAUUUUGCUGUUACAGAUCUGGGGAUAGUGAUGACACUUUGCCACCUGUUACAAUCUUUUCUGGAUUUCAUGAGCAAGAAUGGUGGCUUCGGAGUCAGUGAUAGCACUGCAUCCAAUGAAAAAAUCAAGAGAACAGAAGGGCUUCAAAAACAGGAUGUGGAGGGCAGCUCUGGAACCAGGUCUGACAAGUGGUAUUUAGAGAAGAAACCAAACAAGCUGCCUGCCCUCCUGACCAAGCUCUACAUGUUCUCUUUCACCUGGGCAAUGGGUGGCUGCUUGAAACGCGAGGACAAUUACGAGGAAGAAGCUCUCAUUGGGUUCAGCGACAGGGGCAAAGAGGAUGAGGCCAUCAAAGUCACGCUGGACUUCAACAUUUUGGUCCAAAACUUGUUCACAGAACAAACUCCACACUCGGUUACGUUUCCACCUGGAAAAGAGACUGUCUUUGGAUAUUUUGUGGACAUGCAAACGGGGCAACUUAUAUCUUGGGACAAACUGGUUCCAUCCACAGAGGAGCUUAUUUCAAAAGGGGUGCAGUUAUCAAGUCUCGCUGAAGCAGUCAUGACCGGAAUUCCCAAACUAAGACAAUCCUAUCCGGAAAACCUUGUGUGUACGGUUGACACUGUGCGAUAUUCCUUUAUAACCAGCCUUCUGCUUCUCAACAAAUGCCCCGUGCUGCUUACAGGUGAAUCUGGUGUUGGAAAAUCAGCUCUGAUUGAGGAAAUGCUUUCAAAGCUUCAGAAACCCAAAGGUUCAUUGAUCCAAAAAAAUACCAUCCUUGGAAACAUUUUCCUUUACAAUGAGAUGAAGCAUGAGAGAAGCCUGGUGGCAGGCAUCAGCCAUCUGACUGAAGGCCUCAACAGAGAGACAGACCCUGGAUCUGCCUGCAUUGAUGGAGUUUGCAGUGGUCAGCGAAUGGAGUUCUUGAGACGAUAUGAUGUACACGCCGACAGCAAGUCCAGCCGUAACACCCAGGAGGUACUAGUAACCACAAUGUUGUUCAGCACUCAGACCACAUCAACCCAAACCCAGGCACAGAUCCUCAAAAAUCUGGUGAAGAAAAGCAGAAAUCGCCGGAUCCCAGCAAAGAACAAGCAGGCAAUUGUAUUUCUCGAUGACCUGAACAUGCCAGCAGUUGAGCAAUAUGGAGCACAGCCUCCACUUGAAUUGAUCCGACAAUUCCUGGACCUUGGAGGGUUUUUUGAUAUUAAGAAGCUCAAAUGGUUGCGUGUGGAAGACGUGACUCUGGUUGCUGCAUGUGCCCCCCCAAGUGGUGCUCGCACUGAACUCAGCCAACGGCUCCUCAAACACUUCAGCAUCUUCACCCUGCCCCAGCCUUCCACUGACUCACUGCAACACAUUUUCCAGGUACAAGUCGGAUGUCACCUGGAAAGCCGAAACUUCUUGCCAGUUGUGCAGAAGUGCCGAGACCUGCUGGUGACUGCCGCCAUUGCUAUUUAUUACAAAAUGUGCCAUCAAAUGCUGCCCACCCCAGUCAAACCGCACUACACAUUCAACGUGAGGGACCUGGCCAAGGUUUUCCAGGGCCUGCUGCAGGCUCAUGAAUCCGACAUUGUUUCCAGAGAAAAGACAAUUAUUCUAUUUGCACAUGAAGUUACCAGGGUUUUCCAUGAUCGGCUCAGUGACAAAAAAGACAGGCAGAUGUUUUACACUUUCCUCUCUGAUGAUCUCCACAACUACUUCAAGGUGAAGUGGAGCCCUGCUCAGUUGAUUGCUGAUUCUUUUUUAUUUGGAAAUUUUAUGGAUUUGUAUCUCCCAAGCAGCAACAGAAUCUACAAACGGAUUACAAAUAUGAAAAAACUGGAAAAUGUGCUCGCAGAUUACCACUUCAGGCACAGCUCAACAAAUAUGAAAGUCACUCACCCAGUUUUCUUUAAAGAAGCUGUGGAACACAUUGUCCGAGCUGCUCGAGUCUUCAGUCAACCCAGGGGACACCUGAUGAUGGUGGGAGUGGACAGCACAGGAAAAUGGACCAAUUCUACUCUAGCCUGCCACGUUGCUGACUGUGAGCUAGCGGUGCUUUCCAUUCGACAGGAUUACAACCACACUGACUUCCAGGAGGAGCUGAAGAAACUUUUCAGACAGGCAGGCGUGAACGGUGUCAAGACAGUACUGCUGCUGGCAGAUAAAGAUCUCAUCAAGGAGACGUUUUUAGAAGAUUUGAACUGCCUUGUACAUUCAGGCCACGUACCAGGCCUGUUUGACAAUGAAGAGUUGGACAAUAUCAUUGUGGAACUGAAGAGCCAGGAGAGUGAAGGCAAUCUGCCCGACAACAGGGAGGCACUGUACUAUUUCUUCGUUCAGCGUGUUCGGGAGAGGCUCCACAUUGCCCUGGCUAUCAGCCCCGCUGGAUCUAAGUUCCGCCAACGCUGUCGGAUGAACCCCUCACUGGUUAACUGUUCCACCAUGGACUGGUAUGACAAGUGGCCCAAAGAGGCCCUGCUCAGAGUGGCAAACACCUACUUCACCCAAGUGGAUUUUGAUGAGGCUUUAAAGGAGAGUGUGGCCAAGGUAUGUGUCGACAUUCACAAAAGUGUGUCAGUGGCAGCACGACAAUUCUGGCAGCAAAUGAGGAGAUACUACUACGUCACUCCCAGCAAAUACUUAGAGUUGAUUCACAGCUUCUCCAACCUGCUCAAGAAAAAAAAGAUAGACAUUCUGAACUCGAGAAAUCGCUUUGCUAAUGGUUUGCUAAAGAUCUCAGAAGCCAGCUCCAUGGUUGGAGAGAUGCAGGAGGAGUUGGUGCCACUAGGACCACAAAUUGAGCAGAAAACCAAGGAGAUUGAACAGUUAAUGCAGAAACUUAAAGAUGAUACUGAGGCCGUGGAAGAGGUGCGUGCCAUUGUGAAACACGAAGAGGAGAUUAUGGCUGAAGAGACUCGGAUUGUGCAGGAAUACGCUGAGCAAGCGACCAAUGAACUGAACGACGUGCUUCCUAUUUUGGAAAAGGCCAUUGUCGCUCUCCAAGCCCUGGAUAAGAGCGAUAUUUCAGAGAUCAGAGUCUACACCAGCCCACCAACUUUGGUCCUCACAGUGAUGAAUGCAGUCUGUGUAUUGCUGCAGAAGAGCCCCCAGUGGACCACAGCCAAGCUGCUGCUCGGAGAUCCCAGCUUCCUGAAGCACCUCCUCAAACUGGACAAGGAUAAAAUUCCCGAAAGGGUAUUCAUGCGGUUGAGGAUUUAUUCGAAGCACCCUGACUUUAACCCUGACAGAGUAGGCACAGUGUCGACGGCCUGCCGCUCCCUCUGCCAAUGGGUGUUAGCCAUAGAGCACUAUCACGAAGUCCGAAAGGCCUUUGAACCGAAACAGCAACAUGUGCAGGAGGCUAAGGAAGCCCUGGAGAUCGCAAAGGAGAAUCUUAGAAAGAAACAUGAAAGUCUGAGACUGGUUGAGGAUCACCAGCAAUCCCUUCAGCAGAUCUUCAAUGAGACUGUGCAGCAGAAGGAGGCCUUGGCCAAUCGCAAGUUACUCACCGUGACCAGGCUCUCGAGGGCAUCCACCCUGAUCACUGCUCUCAGCAAUGAAAAGGACCGUUGGAAGGAAUGCCUUGAUGCGUUAGACCACUAUUUUCAGGGAAUUGUGGGUGACACCCUUUUAUCUGCUGCAAGCAUCACGUACUAUGGUCCAUUCACUGCAGACUACAGGAAGAAGCUGGUGGAGGAAUGGAAAACGUUCCUGACCGAAAAUCACGUCCCAAUGUCACCUGACUACUCCCUAAUCCCAGCAACAACAGAAAAAAAUGAGGUUCGCAUUUUGCAGAAUAAGGGGCUGCCAGCUGACAAUUAUUCCACUGAGAAUGCCAUAUUGGUGAAAAUGAGUGAGAACUGGCCAUUACUCAUUGACCCACAGGGACAAGCAAGAAGUUGGAUCACAAAGAUGGAAGGGCAGGACCUGCACAUUCUACUGGCAACAGACCCCAGUUAUACCAAAAUAAUGGAGAGUGCUAUUCGAAUGGGAUAUCCAGUCCUACUGCAUGAAUUAACAGAGCAGAUUGAUCCUGGUCUGAGGCCAAUUUUAGUCCGAGAGAUUUGUUUUCGAGAGGGGCAGGAGUACAUCAAGAUCGGGAACAAGGAAGUAGAAUAUAAUUCCAACUUCAGGUUGUACAUGACCACAAGGAUAGCCAACCCAACCUUCCUGCCUGCCAUCUGUAACCUGGUGACCCUGAUAAACUGCACAGUGACCUUUGAGGGUCUUCAGGAGCAGCUUCUGUCCCGGGUAGUGAAACGCCAGCAUCCACAAGUGGAAGAACAGCUGGGACAACUGCUGCAGAGCAUUGCGAAUGACCUGGUCACUUUGCGGGAUUUGGAAAAUAAGUCGCUGUCCUUGCUGCAGAAAACUGAGGGACAUAUUCUAGAUGACCAGGACCUCAUCGAUACCCUUCAAAAGUCAAAAGACAUGUCCAAAGAGAUUAAACUGCGAAUUGAGGCCUCAGAAGAAAAUGAGAGGAAAAUCAUGGCUGCUCGCAAGAAAUACUUGCCAAUGGCAACUCGGGGCUCGGUCAUGUACUUUGUAAUGGAUGAGUUAGCAAAGCUGAACUGUAUGUACCAGUUCUCCCUACACUGGUUCAUGAAGAUCUUCACUGAGUCAGUCAGUGACAUGCACAAACCACACACAAGAAGGCCGCAGUCAGGAUACAUCCAACGCACGGGGAAAUUAAAACACACAACCACUGAGUUCAGCAACCUAAUGUCCGUCAAAGCAAGGGUGCACAUCGGCUUCAAAUCCUACUUACAGAACAUGAUGAACACACUGACAGAGAAUACAUACAAGAUGGUGUGGUAUGCCCUUUUCACUCAGCACCAGCUAUGCUUCUCCUUCAUGCUGUGCAGCAGCAUCAUGAGGACCAGUGAGACUGGCAAAGAUGAUCUCAGCAACAUAGGCCACCUCCCCGAGAGUGAAUGGCAGAUCUUCCUGCACUCCACCAUGCUGGCUGAUGUGGCUGAUGCUCAGGAACGACAGGAGAAUCAGGAUAUGGGAGAUGACAAGUGGUUUGAACAAGGUCCAAAUGCGCAGUGGAUGACAGAAGCCAUGUGGAAGCAGUGUCUGUACGUCAAUACCCAGCUGAGCUCCUUCGCUCUGCUCUGCAGAUCUAUCAACACCCAUCCCACACAGUGGGAAAGCUUUCUGCACUCAGAGGAACCUUAUCACUUCAUCAAGAGACCCUUCCAUGUCCUUGGCAUGGACUCAAAUCAAGGAUUGCACCCAGCCAGGAAUGAGUUAGAUUCUGACCAGUAUCAGUCAGACUAUCACAUGGAAGUGCAGGGCUCAAUCUUCCCUUGGGAACAACUGACAUCUUUUCAGCGUCUCAUUUUGAUAAAAAUCCUGAGGCCUGAGUGCUUGAUUGCCUCAGUGAGAGAAUUUAUUGCAGAGAAACUGGGCCCAGGUUUUCUCCCAAGCCCCUCAGUCCAUCUCCAGGACGCAUUCAAUGAGACUGAUGCCUCGACACCACUGAUAUUUCUCCUGUCCCCAGGUACCGACCCCGUCUCUCAAGUGCUGCGAUUUGCCAAAGAAUGCCGGGGGAGCACAGACCACCUGGACAUGGUGUCUCUGGGCCGGGGUCAGGGGCCUAUCGCUGAAGAGCUGAUCCAUAAAGCUCUGGUACAGAGGGGUCGCUGGGUGUUUCUGCAGAAUUGUCACCUGGCUGCCUACUUCAUGCCAACACUGCAGGCCAUUGUGGAAUCGUUUAAAAAACCAGGAGUGCAUAUUGAUCCCAACUUCAGGCUAUUACUUAGCUCCAAAUCUGAUGACGUAUUACCCAUCUCCAUUCUGCAUGAAGGGGUGAAGGUGGCUGUGGAACCACCACAGGGUCUGAAGAACAAACUGCUGACCAGCUUCGGAAGCAGCGGCUUGGGGGAAGUGACAGAAAGAAUCUACAUGAAGGAGAAUGCGAGCCUCAGCUGGAGGAGGCUGCUCUUCAGUCUGUGCCUCUUCAAUGCCAUUAUCCAGGAGAGGAAGAAGUAUGGAGCUUUGGGCUGGAAUAUCCCCUACGAGUUUAGUUCUUCCGAUCUGGAGGUGGCCAUUCUGAAUCUGGAGAUGUUGGUUCACCACAAGGUGGAAAUCCCGUGGACAGCACUACGCUACUUAACAGGAGAAGUGAUAUACGGAGGCCGGGUCACUGACAACUGGGACAGGAGAUGUCUCAACUGCACCCUCAGCAAGUUCUACAACCCCGAUGUACUCACCGAAGGUUUCAGGUUUUCCACUGACGGGGUUUAUUCUAUUAUCUCGGAGAGCAUGGAUUUCUUACAGUGCAUCGACUACAUCGAAUCCCUGCCAGACAGUGACUCUCCAGAUAUCUUCGGAAUGCAUGACAAUGCUGAGAAUGUGUACCUCGAAAAUCAGGCCAAGAGCUUCAUGACCAUCAUCAAGAGUAUCGAGCCCCAGCUCAGCGCUGGGGUACAGGCAAUCAGGGAGCAAAGGAGUGAAGGUGAAAUAGUGUUAGAGAAAGCUGAGAGUUUACUGAAGAAGCUGCCUGAAACAGUGGAGGGGAUACAUCGCUCAGAUGACAACUUACUAGACUUAGCUCGUCUUCUGGCUUCACCUGCUUGGACAACAUACGUUCAGUCAGUGAAAGGUUAUGAUUCCUUGGUAAACUCAGCACUGCUGGCUAUUCUGCGGCAGGAGAUCGAUCGGUUUAACCGGCUGUUGUCAGUAGUUUGUUCCUCCCUCCACUCCCUGUGCCUCGCGGUGAAGGGACAGAUCGUCCUGACAGAUGCUCUCGAGGAGACCUACAACUCCUUCCUCAGCAUGAAGAUGCCCAAGCUUUGGCAGCUCCAUUCAUAUGAAUCGUGCAAACCUCUCGCCUCGUGGGUUGAUGAUCUUAUUGAGCGGGUGAAUUUCUUCAGGACAUGGUCAAGGAAAUUUAUUGCAACUGCUCAGAAAAGGAUCUCCUCCAGUCCAGCGCAGAAAUUACCUCCAAAAAAGGCGAACGAGAUUCAGGAGAUCGACCGCCCAGAGCCAAAUGCCUUCUGGCUCUCAGCAUUCUUCUUCCCACAAGGAUUCCUGACAGCCCUGUUACAAAACCACGCUCGAAAACACGGGCUAUCUGUCGACUUUGUCACCUUCGAAUUCCACGUCCAGUCUUCCACAAAGCCAACUAAGGAUUUCUCCAACAUCCGGAAAGACAAAUCUGAUAUCUGGCUGCACGCCUUCAAGUACCCUGAUCCACCCACGGAUGGGGCCCUCCUGUUUGGCCUCUAUUUGGACGGUGCCUGCUGGGACGACAUUAACCAGGUGCUGCACGAUUCUCGUGUGGGUGAAAGAUAUUAUGAAAUGCCAGAGAUUCUCUUCCUCCCUGUCCAGAUUGACAGGAAGACAACGGGACUCUCUGGGAAAUGGUUUUAUGAGUGUCCCCUGUAUCAAAUGUCCCGCCGAGCUGGAAUGCUCUCAUCGACUGGUCACUCUACCAACUUUGUGAUUCCUGUCAAUCUGCCCUCCCUUCUUCCUGCCAGUCACUGGGUUACCAGAGGGCUGGCGCUCCUGUGCCAGCUGGACGACUGACACCUUUGCAUCUCUCUGGAAUAUAGAACUUCAAAAUCCAACCUCAGUGCCCUUUUGCUUUCAUGAAGUUCCUCAUUACUCUUUGACUUAUUCCUGUUUUCCAAUCCGAACCUGUGCUCCUCCAACCCCAUUGAUCCCUAUUACUCAUCUCAAUUCACUCCAGAAUUUCAAUAUUUCACUCCCAGUUCCAAAUCUCAGCACAACCCUCCAUUCCCAAUAUUCCACUCCCAAUGUUUCCCAGUUUCCUAAUCCAGUGCUGUCUCAGAAUUCCAAUGUUCCGCUGCCAAAGAUCGUCUGUUUCUAAAUUUCUGCCCUUUUCCAGAAUCUUAAUAUUCUAUUCCUAUUGACACCCAGUUUCUGAAUCUCUGUCCUAUCCCAGAAUCCCAAUAUUCCCCUCUCAAUGAUUCACAGUUUCUGAAUCUCUGUCCUAUCCCAGAAUCCCAAUAUUCCCCUCUCAAUGAUUCACAGUUUCUGAAUCUUGUCCUAUCCCAGAAUCCCAAUAUUCCCCUCUCAAUGAUUCACAGUUUCUGAAUCUUGUCCUAUCCCAGAAUCCCAAUAUUCCCCUCUCAAUGAUUCACAGUUUCUGAAUCUUGUCCUAUCCCAGAAUCCCAAUAUUCCCCUCUCAAUGAUUCACAGUUUCUGAAUCUUGUCCUAUCCCAGAAUCCCAAUAUUCCCCUCUCAAUGAUUCACAGUUUCUGAAUCUUGUCCUAUCCCAGAAUCCCAAUAUUCCCCUCUCAAUGAUUCACAGUUUCUGAAUCUUGUCCUAUCCCAGAAUCCCAAUAUUCCCCUCUCAAUGAUUCACAGUUUCUGAAUCUCUGCCCUAUCCCAGAAUCCCAAUGUUCCCCUCCUGCUGAUAUUCGGAAACAAAUAAUCCACUCCCAUCUAUUCACACUCUUGAGCAGAUGGGCCAGGCCAGGCAGUUAUGGGGAGGUGGGACUGGGGUUGGUUGCAGGAACUGCCUGUGACAGGGAGCUGUAUGUGUAACUGUAUUCGCAGCGUCUAUCAACUCUGCAUCCAGCUAAUGGCAGCAGUUCGCAACAUGGCUUUACAGACAUCAAUAUAUUUCUGAGAGUUCAGCUGUGCUUUAUUUGGUUAAAUAAA